AUGUCAAUGUCAUUGUUUGAAGCAUGUAGAAAUGGUGAUAGUAAUCAAGUGAAAUUUUUAAUCGAUGAAAAAUAUAAUAUCAAUCAAUUGGAUGGACAAGGUCGUUCAGCACUUCAUUAUUGUUGUGAUAAUACAAUUACAGAUUGUGCUUGUCUUUUAUUAAAAGAUGAUUUAAUAAAAAAUACUAUUCUUAAUUUACAAGAUAAUGAAGGUUGUUCAGCACUUCAUUUAGCUUGUAUGAAUGGUAAUGAAAUUAUAGUGAAAUUUUUAUGUAAACAAGGUGCAAAUGUUAAAUUACUUGACAAUGAAUCGCGUUCUGUUAUUCACUGGAUAACAGUCUGUGGACAUCUUCAUCUUUUUGAUAUUCUGAUUAAAUAUAAAGCACCUAUACAUACACCUGAUAUUCAUGGUGUUUUUCCUAUUCAUUGUGCAUCACAAUUAUGUGGUGUUUCAGUAAAUAAAGAUUUAAAAAUUGAUUCAGAAAAAGGUUUGGCUAUUCUACAAAAAUUCAUUGAUUAUAGAGUGGACAUUGAUUGUAUUGAUGAACAACAACGUACACCAUUUAUGUGGGCGGCUAGUGCAGGUACUGUUGAUCAAUUACGUUUAUUAUAUAAAUACGGUGCCAACCAAUUGCAUGCCGAUAAAGAUUCUCUCACUGCACUUCAUUGUGCAGCGAAUCGUGGUGAUCUCUCUUGUAUUCACAUGUUAAUAGAGCAUUGCAAAUGUCCAAUAGAAGAUUAUUUAGGAGAAGAUAUUAAUGGUUGUACAGCUUUAUUUUAUACUGUUAUGUACAAUCAUUUUAAUGCAUGUCAAUUAUUACUUGAUUUACAAGCAAAUUCUAAUCAUAAAGAUAAACGUGGUCGAGCACCAAGUCAUUAUGCAAUAUCCAAUGGAAAUCUUGAUUGCUUAAAAUGUUUAAUUAAAUCUAAUGCUAAUAUAUGGAUAAAAAAUAAACGUGGUGAUUACCCAAUACAUGAAGUAAUAAAUACCAUUUCACUUAAUAAAAUUCGUAAUCAAACAAUUGAAUAUUCACACAUUUUCGUUGUUAUUCGAUAUAUUUUUCACAUCUAUCCAAAUAAAAUUAAUAUUGAAAAUGAUGAUAAUCGAACUCCUCUUCAUUUAGCAGCUAGUUUAGGUGAUAUUGAUACAUGUCAAGUUUUAAUUGAAUGUGGAGCACGAAUUAAUUCAUUUACACGAAAUUUAGCUGGUGAUUAUUUAACUCCAUAUGAUCUUGCUCGUACUUGUCAUCAAGAUGCAUGUGCAAAAUAUCUUGUUUAUAAACAUGGAGGUCAAUGUGGUAAUUUACUUGCUAACAUUUUCGUUCGACGUAUUCAAAAAUGUUAUCAUCAAUAUAAAUUACGAAAAAGUGUAUUGAUUAUUGCAAAGGAAAACUCUAAUUUUAAAAUAAAAAAUGAUUCAUUUAAGCAAACAAUUGAUUAUCCAUUAAUCGCAUCAACAAAUUCAAGAACUAAUUCAUUAAAACAAGCAAAACCACGUAUAGAUGAUAAAAAUUGUUACCAUCGUUCAAAAUCUCAUUCAUUAACGGUUCAAUCAUUAAUAACAAGUACUCCUAAUUUAAAUGAAAAUCAUGUACAAGAACGUCGUCUAAAUUUUGCUAAAUUAAAAACAGCAACAUUAUCGAUAAAUCAGAGUGAUGAAUCAAAAUCCAACUCAUCUAAUAAAAUUAUUAUACAAGCAUCACAUUCAGUUGCAACAUAUUCUAAAUUAUAUGAUCGACGUAAAAUAAUUGCUGAAGAAUUGCAUAAAUUAAGACAAGCACGAAUGAAUAAUAAUUAUAUAGUUAUCAAUCGAUCAUUAUAUAAAAUCUUAAUUGAAAACGCUUAUAAUCCACAAAACCGGUCUGUUGAUGAAAUUGAAAAAUAUCUUGAAACAUUAGUUACAUCGUAUGAUACAGAAUUAGAAGCUAUAAGAAAACAUACUAAUAGUUUACCGUCAAAACAAAAUCGUCGUACUUCAAUUAUGUUCUAA